UACGUGUUGGGAUUGUUUGCAUUGGUUUACACUGUUCAUUGUCUGGCGGGAGAAUGUCCCAGCACACCUAUUCAAUUACCAUGCAGAUAUAGCCUUAUUAAUGAUAAGUGUGGCGUGUUUUGUGAGGGGGAAGUGGCCACAAAUUUAACUCUUAUAUUCACAGAGUUAGCCCAAAAACUACCGGCGGAUCAAAAACAGUUUGGCGUGUUUUGGGUGGGCCGCACGAAUGUCACUGAACUGCCGGCCAAUGUGUUCGCUGGACUGCAGUUCAACUUAAUUCAAAUACAGGCAAACAAAUUACAACGUAUUUAUAGGCAUGCGUUCAACGGCACCGACACCUCUACCACUGAACAGUAUAUCAGUGACGCGCCGGUCAACGAACGGGUGGACCGGGAAUGGGAUCUAUUUGGCGCUAUUCACACAUUACAGGCGUUGAAUGUGUUGCACAUUGAAAACACAAGCGUCCGAUCGUUGCCAACCCGUGCCAUAUCGGGCCAUAAACAGUUGAAAUGGCUCAAUAUAGUAAACAACCCUAUUCAUACGAUCGCCACCCACGCGUUUAACGAUUUACCUAGUUUAAUUGAUAUGAGUGUGAGUCACAGUCCGAUUGAAAGUGUGGCCAAACGGGCGUUUACGGUGGGCAACGGGGCGUCCGAUCAGCGCAUUGGCCUCGACCUGAUCGGCGAUUCGCUGACUGACAAGUCGUUUGCCGAUAAGGCUUUCGAUGAUAUGAAAUGCGCGGUCAUUCUCACCCUAAUGGAUAACUCCGUCCGCUAUUUGAAUCUCAACGUCUUUAAGGGUUUUUUGUCGGAUAACCCGAACAAUACAAUCGUCGAUCGGGCCGUCGAUUGCAACAAUAGUCGUAAUGAAUGGAUUAAAAAGCAAUUUCCCACAUCAAACUACAAUUAUAGAUUGACCGAUAGACCAAACCAUAGACCCAGAAGUGAUCCCAUGAAUACCACGUACUCUUCAAAUGACAUUUUCAAUGAUAUCUCGUACACCAUAUCGGGCUCUGACGGGAAACCCGUUAUACGUUCGACAAAAUUCUCUGAUUGCCGGUGGGCUAAACAUUUCCAACGUUUCAAAGCCUAUCGGUUGAUCCAGCUGGCUCAUGUACGCGCUUCUCAAUUGCGGGCUGUGAGGCACAUAAACCAUAAA